GCUCGCCCAGGCUAUUGUAACCAGAGGUUAAACUUCACGCACGGCGUUUGCUUUCAAGGCUGCUUUUUUGUUGUUGUUGUUCUUUCUCUCCUUAGGUGGUGGAAAAGGUGUGAGGGUGAAGUGCUGCUUCCCUCCUCCGUUUUGUUUAUUCCCCACCAGCCUCCGAGACAAUAACUCCUCCGGGGGUGGCAGCGCUGCAUGGCCGCUGCUGCCGGGGGCAAAGAGCCGGGGCUUUGCCACGGAGGGCUGGGAUCAGCUGGGAGCCGGCUCUCCGUUUGCUGAGAGCGGGGGGGAAGCGGCGGGCAAAAAUCUGUCUUAGUAAAGCGGGCUGCCGCUGAUGGGGGCUUGAAUCGGUGCUUCUUUGGGGCUGGCUGCACUAUUCAUUCCUGCAGACAGCAAGUUAGAGCCACAAAGGAGGGAGGAAGGACACGGAUGAGGACAUUUGCAUGAGGUCUUUGAACAGACCCUGCUCUAAUCUGAAAAUCAGCCAAGCCACAAACGACCAAAUCCCACAAACUUGGUCUUUGGGAGCGAUGAUUAUGCAUGUAUGCUGAAAAGGUAAAUCAAGCCUCCAUGAUGGCUUCUCCUCCUGCUUCCCCUUGGCUUCCAGCAGCCGCCCUGCUCUCCCCAUGGCCUUCCCAAGAACCCGGCUGCAGAGCACCGACUGAGGGAGCUUUUUAUAAUCAAUCCCUAAAGGUGACAUUCAUAUUUUAGCGCUAACCAGGCUGUAUCGUAGGCGAGACUAUCUCAGCAAAGAUCCUUGGAGUUGGCAGUGUGAUUGGCUUAGAUGGGGAGGGGAAGCUUUAAAUGUGUAUUCCCAGAAAAUGCCUGGGCUCUUUUUCCUAUAGCAAUUCAUCUCGGCGGAGGGGAUUUUAGCAUGCAGGGUACGUGAAGGAAAUUGCUUGACUGGUAAUUUAGCUCUUAAUGGCAUGAUCCGGCCGCAGGCAGCAGACCCCUCCCCGCCACCCACCCCCAAGACGGAGGAGCCCCCCGCUCCCGCCAUGUCGUCGGAGCCCGGCGCCCCGCCGGCGGUGCCGCCCCUGCACUCGCCCAAGUCCCCGGUGUGGCCCACCUUCCCCUUCCAGCGCGAGGGCAGCCGCGUCUGGGAGCGGGGCAACCUCCUGCUGCGGGACCUGCCCAGCCCGCUGCCCACCAAGAGGACCAGGACCUACUCCGCGACGGCGCGUGCCUCCGCUGGGCCCAUCUUCAAGGGUGUCUGCAAGCAGUUCUCGCGCUCCCAGGGCCACGGGUUCAUCACCCCGGAGAACGGCACAGAGGACAUUUUCGUCCACGUGUCUGACAUCGAGGGCGAGUACGUCCCGGUGGAGGGGGACGAGGUGACGUACAAGGUGUGCCCCAUCCCUCCCAAGAACCAGAAGUUCCAGGCGGUGGAGGUGGUGCUCACCAACCUGGCACCCCACACGAAGCACGAGACGUGGUCCGGCCAGAUCAUCGGCUCCUAGGCGCCCGGGGGGGGGGCCGAUGGCCGCUUGCAGGGGGCGCGGGGGGAGCCGAGCUGGCGGCGAGGCCGGGGCCGCCCCCCAGCACGCAGGCGUCUGCAUUCGGUGUCUUUUCUAAGGUUACGGUUUCCUUUCUCUUUGUGUGUUUGUAACUGUCUUUCGAGGGGGACGGGGAAAGCAGAGCCCUCCCUGCAGCCCCCCCCACCAGCUCCGGGGGCAGCCCCGAGCCCCACGCCCCCAUCCUUACAGCGUAUCACUGCUGGGAAGGGACGGCCGAGCCCUUUCUUGACCCCGUUCCCCUCGCUGGGCUUCAGCCAUGCGGCUCCUUGGGAAAAGGGUGACCCGAUCCCACCUCAUUUUUUUGGUGUGUGUUUCUGUCACUGCCAGCUCAGGCCGUGGAGGAGCGGGCGUCGGGAGAAGCGGGCUCUGCCCCGACACGGGGCCUGCGGGCAAGCACUGGUUUGGUUUCCUUUCUCCUCCGUGGUGCCUCAGGGUUUGGGGGCCAGGUGUGCAGGGCCGGCAGGAUGCAGCCGAGGAGAGCGUCAGAGCAUCAUCGGGCAGCACCGUGCUGCCCCGAAACGGUGGGUCCCGGCUGAACCCCCCCUCCCUGGGAGUUAAACCUUUGUUCAGUCAAACCACUUCAGUACUACAGUAAAAAAAAAAAAA